GUGUGUAUGCGUGUGUGUUACCCACAUUACAUAUAUGAUAUAUGUAUAUAAUAAAGUAAACCAAUUAAAAGCCAAGAAAAGUUUAGGUUACCAUUAUCGUCCUGUUAUUUUUACGAGGAAUGCAUCGUUUAACAAAUAGAUACAAUUACGGUGUGUACGUAAUAAAAUUCUUCGUAUCUUGAAGUAUAUAUACGAAUACAAUCGAUGACAGUUGCGCAUUGGAUAACCAAAACAAACCCCAUCGCGGAGCUUGAUUCAGCUGAAAUGAUCGUCGUAAAGGUGAAGCUAAACCAGCCUAUCGUGCAUAUGUUGUUUACAUUUUACACAGUUAUAUUAGUAUAAACCAACAGUAAUAACAAAAUAACUAGUGUAAAAACAUUUUGUAACUGUAAAUUGUGUUAAUUUUAACUUGUUUACGAUUUCAAAUCUAUAAAGUGCGGAUAGUCUAGUUUUUCAAUAAAUAAUUCAUGUAAGUUUAAGCCAACUUCCGAAAUACUAAUAGAAUCAAAUGAAAUACACUAGUCUAUCUCUUGAGUAAUAAAACAAAGUACUUGUAUUCAAUACUGUUUGGGUGCAAUUAAAAGGUAAAAGCUAUCAAGAUGUUGGACGAAACUUGGUGGGAAGAAUUAAAAAGAAUUAUAAGAGAAGGCAAUGAUGAGCACACAUGGUCAACAAUAAUGGAAGUUUCUGUUAAAGAUGCUAGAGAUCUUCAUGGAAACAAUCUGCUUCAUUAUGUUACAGUAUGUGAUAAUGAAAACAUUACAAAAAAACUCUUGGAAGCUGGUUGUGAUGUUAAUGUAAUUAAUCGCUAUGGAGAAACUCCCCUCACAACAGCAAUUGAAUUUAAUAAUCUAAAAGUAGCUAAAGUACUACUUGAUGCUGGAGCCAUUCACUUAAAUACUGAUUUUGAUGAAGAAUUUGGCCCUCUUCAUAUGGCUGUAUGGUAUGGUUAUUACGAUAUGGUAAAAAUCAUAAUCGAAGCAGGAGCCGAUGUAAAUGUAGUAGAUGAAGAACUAUCUAGUCCAUUGCAUUUAGCAGCUAAAGUUGAAGAAUAUGCAUAUGAGAUUACAAAACUCUUAUUAGAUGCAGGGUCAAAUGUCAAUGUUGUAGAUCACCAAGCAAUAACACCUUUACAUUGGGCAGUAUCGCAAGGAAAUUAUGAUGUCGCAACUUUACUCCUAAAUUCAGGAGCAAAUGUUGAUGUUAUAGAUUUAAAUUUCAUGACACCUUUACAUUGGUGCGUACGAGAAAAUAAUUUGGAAUUCAGUCACAAAAUGAUUGAAGCAGGAUGUGAUAUUGAUAUGGUUGAUAGCAAUGGUUCAACCUGUCUUCACUAUGCUGUAAAAGCUAAUAACAUAGAAAUGAUUAAGUUAUUAUUGAGCUAUGGGGCUACACCAAAUUGUACCGAUGACCAAGGUCACAGUCCUUUGCAUUGGGCAAUACGAGAAAAUAGACUAGAGCAAGUGAAAAUGCUUAUUGCAGCAGGAGCAGAUGUUAACAUUAUGGAUGAUGAAGAUGAUGAAGGUCUAACAGCUUUACAGAUUGCCGCUGAAUUAGGACUUAAAGAAAUCAUGACCAUUCUUCUGGAUCAUGGUGCAGAUGUUAAAGCUAAAUGUAAUAGGGGCUACAGUGUAUUAUACUAUGCAGCUAUGUCAAAACGUAUUGGAACAGAAGUAGAUGAUGAUUUAUAUGUAGACAUUUUGGAAACUCUUUUAUCACGUGGUGCCAGUGUUGGAGAUAAUGAUUAUGACAUAAAAACACCCUUCAACAGUGUAUUACUUUAUGGAAAUGAACGAGCUGUAAAGCUAUUUUUACAACAUGGUGUCGAUUUAACUAAGUGCAUUCUUGGUGCCAGCAAAAUAUCAUCUUUACAUCAUGCUGCUCUCAAUAAUGAUAAAAGUGUACUGAAGUUUCUUAUAGACAGUGGGCAUUUUAAUGUUGAAGAAAAAUGUGGUACCGGUCUCACUGCAUUGCAUCUUUCAUCACUUUCGAAUCGCUUGAACUGUAUUAAAUUUUUGUUGAAACGCGGUGCAGAUAUUAAUAGCAGUAAUAUGUAUGGAGAAACUCCACUGUAUUCUGCUGUUAUAAAUGGCAGAAGAGAAGCAGUAAGGUUGCUACUGCAAUACAAGGCAAAUAUUAAUGCUGUAACUACAAGAAAAGAGUCUAUUUUAGAAGCAGCACUUGAAGUUGAUAGACAAGAUAUUACCCACUAUUGCAUUAGGCACAUGGCUAUGCUUGAAGCACAAAAUGAAGAUUUGCUCCAAGCUGAUUUUGAUCGCAUUUAUAUGGAUGAUUAUUUGCAAGAUUAUUAUGAAUUAUGUUUAUGCGAAUUGACUAUCAUGAAAGAAAUUCCUAUUGUAGGACACAUUAAAUUCUUUCAUAUACUCACAGCACCGAACAUUGAUUUUUGUGCCAGAAAUGAAAAAGUUGUUGAAACCUUUAAAUCAUUAGAGACUCUUGCUGAAAGUUUCCCAAUUUAUCAUGACUUACUUAUAGAGCGUUUUAAUAAAGAGUUAAAAAGACAAGAACUCAUUAGGAAAGCAACAGUUGGUCUUAGUAAGAUACUCAAGUAUGAUGCUGAUACAUUUUAUUUAAUUUUUUACAAUAUUCUUUGCCGUCUACACAAAAAAGAUUUGCAAAGUUUGAUUAAUGUUUAACAAUAUUCAGUUGUAAAAUUUUAUAUUAUGU